GGGGCAAAUUAGUGCCUUUUCUGCUAUAUUUUUAUAUUUAUUGUUGUACCUUUAUUAAAUUAAAAAUUUUAGCUGAGAAAAUCAUGCCAAAAAUAAAUGAAUGAGAAAUCCCCAUGACCCAUUUCACCGGAAAUCUGUGGUCACCGGACCCAUUUUGUCUCGUCGUCUGGUUGGCAUGGCCGUACAGUGGAUUCUGGUGUGCCAUGGCCUCGUGACGCUGCUGGUGGUGAUCUCUUUCCUCUGCGGCCAAUGGCCUAUCUUUCAGGGCACUAUCAUUCAACGCAUCCACUACUUCCUUACCGUCGGAGCCUAUGACUAUUUCCUGCGAUUUAUAGGCGUUAUUUUUGGCACAAAAGGUACUAAUGCGAUUCUUUCGGUUGAAUAUUACUGCUGUGAUCGACCAAACCCUAUCUUGCAGGUUAUAUACAUUUCAAUUAUUGGAGUAAUGUAUUACCUCAUUUCAAAGUCAUGCUUUGGCUAUAUUCCUGGUUAUUAUUUAAGUGAAAUUCAUAGGUACACAAGCUUGUUGGCAGUUAGUGUGGGUGUUCUACUUUUUCUUUUGACUAGCUUUUCUGAUCCAGGAACUGUGAGGGCUGACAAUGUUUCCCAUUAUCUCUCUGCAUAUCCAUAUGAUAAUGUCAUAUAUUCGGAGAAAGAAUGUUCAACAUGCAAGAUUCCAAAACCUGCUAGGUCCAAGCAUUGCAGCAUAUGUGAUCGUUGUGUCGCCCGUUUUGAUCAUCAUUGUGGAUGGAUGAAUAAUUGCAUAGGGGAGAGAAACACCCGCUACUUCAUGGCUUUUCUCCUUUGGCAUUUCCUUCUUUGCAUCUAUGGAGCAGUUGCCAUUGCAUUGGUUCUUUCUGGUCAACUGAAAGAAUUGAAAGUAAUAUAUAUUCUGACAGUUUAUUAUGGAAUUGAAAAUUCAAUUUAUAGUUUAGCUCCACAUGUUGUGCAGUGGUUGUUGGGCUCAUAUAACACUCAAAUACUUCUCAUGGUAUUUCUUGCCAUAGUUGCUCUGCUGCUGUUUGGUUUCUUCGGUUACCAUGCCAAACUCUGCCUCAAAAACACAACCACAAAUGAGACCUUCAAGUGGCAGGAGUAUGUGAGCUGGCAGAGGAAGCUUAAUGAAGCGAAGGCAAGUGCUGCAGCACUCAAGGCAAGUAUCAGUGGACUGAGCUCUGAAGGAAAACCUCCAGAGAGCAAAUGGAAAGCAUUCUUUCGAAGAUCCCCUCUGGAGGAUGUGGAUGCUGUUGUCCAAGAAAAUAUUUAUGAUAAUGGUUUCAUUCACAACCUUCAUGAAGUCAUCUUUCCCCUCUCAACAAGAUCAUCAUUUUUACAAGCCAAAUCAAAGAGAGGCUGAGAAUUUUGUCAAUGACCCCUUGUUUGUGCUUGUCGGGGAUCACUUCCAAGUGAUUGAUGGGGGCGGUAGCCUGAUCCUAGCAUCUGUUUCUUCGGUGGCUGGCUAGAACUUAAAAUGAGUAAAUGAUGUGAAAUCAGAAGUCUUGUAUCUAAUAGUCAUGUACUCUUUAGCUGAACUUAUUGAAGGAACAGCAUUGGAUUUUUUCUUGAACCGAAACAGGAUUAGAUUGUCUUUUUCAUUAUGUUUAAUUGAGAAUAAGUAUCCAAUAA